UACAUUUACGUGAUUUAUCCCGGAAGUAGUUCACACAUUUUGAAUGAUUAUCGCGCUUAUUCCAAGGCUGAUGUGGCCUUAAAGUUUCUCGUGAUACUGUCGGUGGCAGCUGUGUAUUGCACACUGCAGAAAAUGGUGUCAGCGGAGCUAAGAGACCGCGUAAUCGAGAGAUUAAACGAAGACCCCACCGGUGCAGAUAUAAAGUUCAGUUUGUUUUUUGCUGCUGCCAACAAUUACCGACAUGACACAGUUCUCAGACCAUUUCCUCCGAUGUUUCUAAACGCUAAUGGAGAGAAAGAUUUUAGAAAAUUGGCCAAAGUUUGUAAAGAAAUCCUGCCAGUGCAGAGGUUGUUGCAUGUAUCAGACCAAAGUAUUAUGGGAUCCCAGGCAUGGCAGUUGAUGGAUUGGGUGUUGUCAACAAAAGCUUUUACUCUCAAGUCACAUGGCACUGCUAAGUUUGAAGAAAUCAAGCAGCUGACUGGUGCACCCAGCUAUGAUGUUGAACCAACACACAUUUACGAAAUUCAUCCAAACUCUGUCAGUGAUACUAAGUUUGAAGAGUUGAGGGAUUGUCGAGAUUUACUCUAUGCUUAUCAUGGAAGCAGAGUGGAGAACUUUCAUUCCAUCCUUCAUAAUGGCCUUCACGCACAUAUGAACAAGAAUUCCUUAUUUGGAGAAGGCACAUAUCUGUCCAGUGAUUUGUCAGUCACCAUGCCGUAUGCACCGGCUGGAAAAGGAUGGGAUGACAGUUGUAUCGGUGACCUGUUGAGCUGCAUCGCUGUGUGCGAAAUGAUAGACCAUCCUGAUGUAAAAUGUACAACCAAAGAUUCCAAAAAUAAUGUCAUUCGAUCAAGAGCUCAAGCCCCUAGCAGUAUGGGUGGAGAUGUGCCUGACAAGUAUUACAUUGUAACAAACAACGAGGUGCUCCGUGUCAAGUAUCUAUUGGUGUAUGCCAGUAGGACUGUCAAACCAAGAGCUGCAGCUGCACAGUCUUCAAGACUCCUAACUUGGAUGAAGAAUCAUCAGGUUGCCAUGGUGAUGAUUGGAUACAUGUUAAUUCUACUGUUUAUUGGAUUUAUGAACUCUUCCGCUUAUAAAGUAUUUAUGAGAAAGUAUCUUGGCAUAAGGUGAUGAUGCUCCUGCCAUAUUUGAAUGCUGUUAUAUCUUCACUACAGUGUUUGCUUGCUUCUACUCCAGUGUUUGAUUACUGCUGUAUCUCUACUCCAGUAUCUUAACACCAGUGUCCUGCCCAAGGAACAC